UAUAAAUAACAGGUGGCAAAUGAAUAUUGGCGGCAGAAUUAAUCAUGAAGGAGUUUCAGAGCCGGGAGAUAUAGUACAUAAUGGUAGAAAGUGAAUUCUCUGGUUACAGGCUGUGGGAGGAUCCGAAGAUGCUAAAACUUUUCCCUUAAGAUUGCUACUUCAUAAUGGAUCUGUGCUGGGAUACAAUAAAGGCCCAUCAGCAUUUACCAAGUUCUGAGCUAUUGUCCUGGACACCUCCUAAAAGGAAUUUCAAUCUGUAACUUUGUCCUACGCCAUCGGCCUUGAACCGGUAGAUGCUCCUGUGAACCAUCGGUACUUUGGCGGCCUGUAUCCAAUGUAGGGCUGUGCCAACUCUCCCUAUCCUUCCACGCGACUGCCACUCCCGCGUUGUUUCCCGGAUGCGGGUCGCACCGCCCUGCCCCGUCCGCGCCGUGGACACGCAGCUCCCGCGCCACCUGACCAAUGGCAACCUCCAACACGUAGGCCUGGCCCGCGCGGGCUGGCCGCGGCCAAUAGGCGCGCCCCAUGCAAAACACCGCGCCGGGAGACGCCGCUAAUUGGCUCCGUCGCAAGGGCGGCGGGUUGCGCGCUGGGCCGGAGCCCGGAGCUGGCGGCGCAGCCACCGUAAUGGGGCUCGCCCGCCCCGACACCGCCUUCUCCGGUACCCGGCGUGUACCGACUUGUGUCACGGGAGUGGCUAAGGCCGAGGCAGGAAGUGCGUGCGCGCCGAGAAAAUGGAAUAAUCAAAACAGACAAGGUAUUUGAAGUAAUGCUGGCUACAGACCGUUGCCACUAUGCAAAAUACAACCCCUACAUGGACUCCCCACAGUCUAUAGGUUUCCAAGCAACAAUCAGUGCUCCACACAUGCAUGCAUAUGCACUUGAACUUCUAUCUGAUCAGCUACAUGAAGGAGCCAAAGCACUUGAUGUAGGAUCUGGAAGUGGAAUUCUUACAGCAUGCUUUUCGCGAAUGGUUGGUCCCAAAGGACAAGUUGUAGGAAUUGAUCAUAUCAAAGAACUAGUAGAUGACUCAAUAAAUAAUGUCAAAAAAGACGAUCCCACAUUGCUGUCUUCAGGAAGAGUGAAACUAAUUGUGGGAGAUGGACGAAUGGGAUAUGCAGAAGAAGCUCCCUAUGAUGCAAUCCAUGUUGGAGCUGCAGCCCCAGUUGUGCCCCAAGCACUUAUAGACCAGUUAAAACCUGGCGGAAGAUUGAUAUUACCAGUUGGCCCUGCUGGGGGAAACCAGAUGCUCGAACAGUAUGACAAACUAGAAGAUGGCAGUGUCAAAAUGAAGCCUCUGAUGGGAGUGAUAUAUGUGCCUUUAACAGAUAAAGAGAAGCAGUGGUCCAGGGAUGAAUUGUAAAAGCUACAUCAUCUUGACCCAAACAUAGUGUUACAGUGGACUGCUCAUCUCCUGUUCUAAAAGCUUUUUGAAAACCAACAGCAUUGCAGCUUGUUUUGGACUUCGUUAUACUGUUGUUAUCAGCAUGGAAAAGCGUGGUGUUUGUUUUAUUUUUUUAGAUGCUCAAGGCAAAUCUGAUAAAGAAAAGGUGGAAAGUUUUAUGUGGGCAUUGUUUUAUUUAACAUGCCUUUAUUUCACUUUCAUCUGUUCAAAGUGAAUGUCUGCAAAACUGCAGAUAAAGACCUGUAGCUUGUGAACUCUAAUGUUGAUGGGGGAACUUGAACACUCACUUCUCUCGGCUCCUGUGUCCCUUGGUAAAACUGCUUCUGUGCACCUUACGACACUACGUAGGUAAUACCAGGUUUUCUGUGUUCCAACGUCUGCUAGAUGCUACUAAAAGGAGAUGAACUUCCUUUCUAAGCUUUUGACAUGGUGUCAUAGACUAGCAUGUAGUAGAUACAAUCAGCUGCUUUUUUACCUUAAAACCAGGCAUUUGUAUAUAUUAAAUUUCAAGACAUCAGAGGUAGGUGGCCACUCUUAUCAAACAUUGCCGUUCAAGCUGGACAUAACAGACAUGGUUUUCCCUUCUAAAAUUGAUUGAUGUAAUCUUGAAAUUCUGUUGUGGUUUAUACUCAGUGCUGGUGUGAUACACAUGGAGCUAACUCCAUAAAUGUGAGGUGAGGUGUGUUCCAAUCACUGAACAAUUUACGCAAUGCUGCUUUGCCAAAUAAAGUUAAAAGCAAAAGGGGGGUUUGGGCUUGUGUGGGAGAUUAGGAUGGGUAGGUAGUCUGAUAUAUGGAUUGCUAGGUUCUUUAUUAAAAGCCAAAACCCCUUUGGUUCUAAAAGAAAGAUGCUUUUGGUAAAGCUAUUUGCUGCAUUAACAUUCUUGUUUUUAUAACUGUGGGCACCCAGGAAAAAUUUUGGCUUUUUAGAAAGUGAAUUCUAAAUUGCUGUAAAAGGAAUGCAUCGGAAAGAAUCCUGGACUCCUAAGUACACAUAGAUGCACUUGUUCAGUUUUCAUAUAGAAGAAUUGUUGGGAGGCUAUAAACCUUUUUUCUGACAUAAGUUUUGUGUUCUGUUGGUGCUGUAAAAUGUUGACAGUAAAUUGCGAAGCAGUACACUAAGGCAGGCUGCUUUGGGAAAGGGGGGAAGAGUGUCUUCAGUCAUCUUGCUCAUAUUUGAGCAACCUGGAAUUAAAGUAAGCAGCAUAUUAUCCUUGGUUUUUUAUGAUAGAAAAGAUUAGAGAAUAAAACAACCUACAGUGAUCUCUGGAAAAAAAACCAAAACAACUUCCUGUGGUGGAGGAGCAAUAAUUUUGUUAUAGGAUUAAUCCCUGAAAGUAUAAAGGUUAUAAUUCAAAGGUCUCUGAAUAUGGAAAAGAACAUUUUAAAUAACCUGCCUUUUGAAGGCCAGCCCCAUUUUGUUCCUCUGUGAAAGAUACUAUAUGACUUAAUUUAUUUAGAUGUUUGGAAGUUAAUGUAUCACCUCUUGAUUUGACUGCAGCCUGGGAGCACAUGCACAAGAUUAAUCUUAUGAAGAAAUUAAUAUAGUACGUAUGCUAGAAAAUACAAUCCAGAAAAAUCCACUUGCGUCUGACAAAUUUGUACUAACCCACAAUCAACUGUGACUCUAGUUCUUGGUGUUGAAGUGAAAUAACUGAUGCAUGCUAACGUUCAACCCUUUGGUCGCUGUAUCUUUCAAUUUGAUUUCAGCUUUAUUUACAUCUUCUCACUAAUUUAAUCAGUUAAAUGAAAGAUAUGAGCUCAACUGUAUCCAAAUUUCCUGUCUCUGGACACAGUGUAAUAAGCUAGCCUGACUUGGAAGUGGUGUUAAAGCUGAGACCUGAUGACAACUUCCUGGGGAGAACCACUUCAGGAGGUGUUAGGCCUCAGGGACCAAGGCUGGUGGGAAUAGUGCACCCAUUCCACUGAAGGGGCUGAUGACAGUCAAGGUACUCGGACAGAAAGAAGUAUCCAGGAGUAGCAUUUAGGAGUCGAAAAUGGAAACUGCUCCAUGAUGGAGCAAUGGUUCUGAAGUAAAAACUGAGAGAUGAGGACAAAUUGAAAUGCAGAAGACUUGAAGAGCUUGAAUAAAUGCUGUGUGAACUGUCUGAAUUGCUACUUUGCCAAAUAAAACAAUUUGAGAGGAAGCUGUA